UCAUGCCUGUUACAUAUUUAUCAUGAUUUAUGUUUGUUUUAUACAUAUCUUCUUUUUGUUUUUUUAGGUAAUUAAAAUUACAGUAUAUAUUACAUACUUCAAACAUUAUUACUAUAUGAUUUGCACGUUAUUUAGCUACUGUGCAAAAUAAGCUAGUCGAAACUGUAUCGCGUAUGUUAGUGUAUGAAUUUUAAUCAAUUUUUUUUAGUGUAUGCGAUUUUCUCACCAAUGUUUUUCAACCAUGUGUCAUACCUCUCUUUCGCUGUUUUUUCGAUUCUUCUUUCGAUCUUUUUUUUUUAUAUUUAAUAACGCUAGCGCAACACAAUACAUUCUUUAUUCAUAAUAUUUAUGCAGAUCAAUGUUGUGAGAAGUAUUGUUAAAGCUUCGGUGGCUAAAUUGGUUAUGGCGCCCUACUCAACAAGUAUGGGAGAUCCAGGUUUGAUUCCUGGCUGAGGCCUAAUAUUUUUCACAACGUCAUUUUUAAUUUGUAAUAGUCAAGGAAAGAAAGAGAUAUUUGACUUAAAAAUUAACAAAAUGGAGGAUCGAUAAGACGAUAAAACUCAUCUUAGUCUUAUCCUUCUGUAAGAAAUUAAUUAAAAUAUAUAUAUUAACAUUCGGUUAAUUUGUUUAUCUUAUAACAUAUUACAAUUAUCCCAAUUGUGAAACUAGCAAUUAAUAAUACCAAUAUACAGAAUAUCUAAUACUCUCUUAAAAUGAAUGAAUGAGUGGAACAUCACUGAAAGCAAUAAAUAUACACUGAGUUACAGCUAUAAAUAUAGCACCGAAACUGCACAGUACUAUACUUAUAACUGAUAUCAGUGACUAUUCACUGAUUCACUUUAAAAGAGUACAGAUACAGGCUUUUGGUUCGACUUACAGAAUUCUUCUUUUGGAACAAUGUUUGGAACAACUAGAUCAGUCUAAAGCAAUAAGAAAAUAUUCAAUUUUUUAAAGAAAAAGAAGCCAGCUAAAAAAUAAUUUCUUCGUUUUGUUGAAGAACUGUUUGGAAUAAAAUAAUAUUGCUUUGUGUGAUACAAGAUUAGAACAGCCGAGAACAACUUUCAAAAUUAUAAUUUUCAAAAAAGAAGGGAAUCUAACUACAUUUUCGAUAAAAGAUAAAUCGACCAAAAACAAAUCGAUUGCGAUUUUACUUGAUUUUAUUAGACUUUCUCUACAUUCCUCACGUAACAAGAUGCUCUCCAUACCAAUUCUUAGAACUAGUUCACACGAUCUAUAUAUCGUAAAUCUAUAAACCGUAAAUUCAUCCUGUCCGAACAAACACACAUGCAUUCUGUUAACUGCGCUUUCUAUAGACGUCACGAGUACAGCAAUGUAUUGUCACGAGGCAAUGCAUUCCGCGUUUGUAGAACCCCAACUCGACCGCGUACAUAAACGCACAAUAGAUGACAAAGAGAAAUUAUUACUUGCUAGGUAUUCACAUUAUUUGGUAUCCUUGCGUCCUGAGUCACAGAAAACUUGCGCUUAUGAAAAAAUAAUGUGACUUUAAAAGAAAAUAGUAAACACAAUUUAACUCAAACAAUAUCGCAUAUUUAUUAAAAAGUUUAUACGGCAGAAAUUGUCCUAAAAAUAAUACUAUUAAAAUGAAGAAGACAGCGCACAAAUAUUUAUUUACUAUUAACAUGCCAAUCUCUUAAUUAAUAUUAUGAGUUAAUGUUUAGUUGAGAGCUAUGUAUGUGAUCGCUAUUAUGGAUUGAUGAUUUAAAUUAAUUAAGUAUGUAAUGAUUGAUUAGUAAUUAUGAGAAUUAGUUAAUCUGCAGACAGAAAGUCGCAUACAUAUUUAUAGGAAAUAACAAUCAUAAACGGAGGACUGUCAUUAAGACAGAAGUACACUGAGAGAAAAAUUAUAUUAAAAAUAAUAAAUUUUUUUUUUAUGGGUGCCAUUAACAUAUUUACUUAUAAAUCUACAUUCUCUUUAUUUAAACCAAAUAUUAUUUACUUAAAUCAGGUAAACAAUAUUUAAAUAAAGAGAAUGUAGAUUUAAGUAAAUAUGUUAAUGGCACCCAUCAAAGAAAUGUUGUUGAUUUUAAUAUAAUUUUUCUCUCAAUGUAGAUCUAUGCAAAGUUGGUUUUAUUCGUAAUCAGUAAUGCGAUAUACACGCCACAAUACAAAUAGUACAGCAUAGCUAUUUUAUGCUUCAUGGCUCGUAGUAAAUAAAUUUCACAAUACUCAGGAUGUUUUAUAUAUAACGAAGGCAGGUCAUUUUAAAUAACUGAACAUGCAACUUUAUAACUCGAGAAUGUUAUCGUACAACAGUGAAUGUCGCACUAUGUACCUUAUAUCGUAACAGAAUAUUAUACUUCCGCGCCCUUUCGUCACUUCUUCCGUUCACGAUAAGGCCUUGUGUCAAUUGACAAGCGCGAAAAACAGUACUCACUGUUGCACGUAUCGCGCCAACUUAUUGAACUCGCAAAUCGCUCAAACGGCGAGAGGCUACGCUGUCGUGAGGAAAGAGUUAAUUAAUUAUGUAUCCAUGUCGCCAUGAGAGGAAGAGAGAAGAGCGACAAGAAGAGUUGCAGGGCGCGGGCGAAUAAUUGCGCAAUUAUGCCGCAAUGGCAUAAUUACGAUCGCGCUGUGACACAAGGAAUCGUUAAUAACGGUGUUCGCGUGCUUUGCCACAAAGUGCAAGCGAGCAUCUUAACGACGAGAAAUCGUCGAUAGUUCGUAAUCGUGGCUUUCUUGAAUAUGACCAGACAAGAAGACAUUUGGGGAAGCCGAUAUUACACGAUUCCCAAGUUCUACAUGACUUUAGCGGGAUUAUGGCCGUAUCAUACGUUUCGCGACAGAUGUCUACAUUUUGUACCGGUGUUUACGAUCUGUUCGAUAAUCCUUAUACCUCAGCUGAUGUACGUGCUGAUCGCUCUGACGGAUCUCGAUGAUCUGUUCGAGUGUAUACCGACGAUACUGAUCACGAUAAUAUUCAGCUUCAAAUUGGCGAGUUUAAUGGCAAACAAUGACAAAAUAAAUUCUUGCCUCAAAACAAUCGAGAAUGACUGGUUGUCGCUAAGCAGCAACGAAAAGACCAUUCUACAACGACGAACUGCAUACGGACGAUACCUGACGAUAUUCUACGCGGGCUUCAUGCAACUAACGGGUUUCCUCUACAUGCUCAAGUCGAUUGUGUUGAUACUGAUAGAGGAGACUUCGAACUCGACCCAAUUGGCCGUAUCGAAGCUACCUUUCCGUGUAGAAUAUGGCCAGAGAAUCAACCAGCAUUUCUAUCCGAUAUUGGUCCACAGUUAUUUAACGACAUUCUCUCACGUGACCGCCACAGUCGCGGCAGAUACUUUGUACUUCACCUUGAUCCAGCACGCCUGCGGAAUGUUCUUAGUUGUCGGACACUCGCUGGAGGACAUUGGCAAAGAUAACAACAGUGAUUUCAAUCUGAAGCCCAAGAAAAUAGAAGAUGUCGAUUACAAAAAGGCGUUUGGUUGCCUGCGUAGGCACCUUCAUGUGAUAGAAUUCGCGGAGCUGAUCGAGUCCACAUUCACGAACAUCUUUCUCGUCAGCAUAAGUUUAAAUAUGAUUGGCGGCAGUAUAUGCGGCAUACAGGUGCUGAUGAACUUGAACGAUGCAAAAGAUAUAGUGGCACCCCUUGCUAUAUACAUCGCUCAACUCACCCAUCUGUUCUUCCAGUUCUGGCAAGCCCAAUUUCUGUUGGAUUACAGCGUCGUUCCAUACGAGUCGAUUUGCAGAGCCAAUUGGUAUUCCACAUCGAAAAGGUGUAGAAAACUUUUACUCUUAAUCAUGAACAGGACUGUUUCACCAUGCAAAAUAACCGCCGGCAAGAUUGUGACAUUAUCCAUCGAAAGCUUUGGAAUUGUCCUAAAGACAUCAAUGUCUUAUUUCACGAUGCUGCGUUCCUUCCACUAACGAUUUCGACAUGUCAGUGAAAACGCAUAACUGAGCUUAUUGUAAAAUUCGAAAAUAAUUGUUAACAAAAUUCAAAACAAUAUGAUUCAAUGUAAGAUAAUUGAUUGACAUUGAAAUUUCGAAUAAAUAUAUAUAACCUUAUCGUUUUGUAUCCAUUACUUCCAGUAGAAUAUGAUACACCCAUUU